UCGCGGCGGGAAAAGAGCUCCGUCAAGAAACGCGGCGGGGACGCGGGGCUUUGGCGCUGCUGCCGCCGGGAUCCGCGCCGCGCUCGGUGGCCACAUCUCUCAGUCCUGGGGCUUGGCAGAAUGGAGGCCAUGGACACCCCCAGCCCCGUCCCCGCGCUGGCCACGGAGCCACGGUUUGCACAGCGCCUGAGGAAGUAUUUGGAAGAGGAGCAGGUCCUGGAUGGGCGGUACCGGCUGCAGGAGGUGCCAGGGGGCUGUGUGGCCCUGCCUGUGCUGGAGGAGAAGCUCUCUGGGCUGCGGCUGCCCCAGGGGCUGCCCUGCGAGCUGCUCCAGAUCCAGGAGCCGGUGCCCUCCAGGGCCGCCCGCCGGCAGCCACCCGCCCGGAGGCUGCGGGACGAGCUGCAGCGGCUGCUGGGGGAGAGCUGGUCGGAGGAGCUGGAGCAAGACGUGCCCCGCACCUGGCAGCGGCACGGGGACCUGGUCCUGCUCAGCGACGACAGCUUCAGGGCCGCGGCCUGGGAGGAGCUGGGUAAGGAGGAGCAGGGUCUGCCCGCCCGGGCCCUACCCACGCAGCUGCCCUGGCCUUUCCCCGAGCCGGUGCAUUGCAGGUCAGAGGCUGUGGCAGACGGUCGCCUGGGCGCUGGGUGCCCGGCGACUGGCCAGGCAAGGCCGGGUGCUGCCGGACGGGCUGAGGUCGCCCAACGUGACGCUGCUGCUGGGCCAGGACGGCUGGGUGGAGCACGUGGACAACGGCAUCAGGUCAGCAGGAGCCGCGGUGCAGGAUGUGGCCGGAGCCGGGACGGGGCUGGCCUGGCCCUCACCGGCACCACCGUGUCACCCAGGUACACUUUCGAUGUGACCAAGUGCAUGUUCUCGCCCGGCAACAUCACGGAGAAGCUGCGGGUGGCUGCGCUGCCCUGCGCUGGGGAGGUGCUGGUGGAUCUCUACGCAGGCAUCGGCUACUUCACGCUGCCCUACCUGGUGCACGCGGCAGCCGCCUUCGCCCACGCCUGCGAGUGGAACAGCCACGCCGUGGAGGCCCUGCGCAGGAACCUGGUGCUCAAUGGGGUGCAGGGCCGCUGCCGCGUGCACCACGGGGACAGCCGGCAGCUGGAGCUGCAGGACGUGGCGGACCGGGUGAACCUGGGACUGCUGCCCAGCUCAGAAGAGGGCUGGCCAGUGGCCUGCCGCCUCCUGAAGAAGGGCACGGGAGGGGUUCUCCACAUCCACCACAACGUGGAGACUCUCCCCACGCCGGCCCCGCCGCAGAGCCCAGCCCCGCGGGCUGAGGAGGGCGCUCCGGAGGGAGCUGGCUCCGGUGCAGAGGCGCAGCACCCAGGGCAGGACGGCAGGGCCAGGAGCAGAGCGGAGUGGCAGAGGUGGGCCGAAGCCACGGCAGCACGGAUCCGGGGGCUGCUGGCAGAGCUGCACGGGCAGCCCUGGCACACCCGCGUCCUGCACAUCGAGGCCGUGAAGUCCUACGCACCCCACGUGCAUCAUCUGGUGCUGGACCUCGAGUGCCGGCCCCCAGCGCCCCCCUAAGCUGGCCCCAGGCCCACCGUGGCCACGGCUCACACUGAUCUGGGUGGCCGUGAGAUGCCAAGCACUCGGCCUGGAUGCACUUCAUGUGCCCCUGUUCCCAGGUUGCAGCACUGCCCAGCUGCGCCUCUGUGUGCCCAGGGCACUGAGGGAUGGGCAGAGAUCCCUCAGGAGCCAUAUCCUGGCUCAGGAUGGGGUGAGCUGAGGCUGAGAAGCCCCCAAAGCCCUGUUCCAGCCUGCCUGGUGCUGCCUUGGGACAUGUGGCACUUUCAGCCCCUUUUUCACACAGGAAAGACUCAGGAGGCUGAAUGAACCUCAGAUUCCUGCUGGGCUCCGUUUCAGCAGGCCAGGGCAGGCUCUGUGCUUUGUGAUUGUACUGGACACGGGUCUGUUUCUUUCUCAAAGAAAAACUCUCUUUAUAACAAUAAGGACAUUUCUCAC